AUGAUGGCGAAAUGCACGGUAUAUUUCACGCAGCAGCAGGUCGCCUGGCGUUCUCCCAGCAAGUUGCUCCGGCGGUCGGAGGCCAGGGGAACAGCAACAUCGCCUUCUCGACUGUCCGCCGCGUCGGAAGACGCAGACAUUACGACUGGCGGACGUUUCACGGUGAAGGAGGAAGAAAAAGGCCUGCGAGCCCACAGGGACGUGCCGGGGGGCUCGAUAGAGGGCGACAGCGCCCAGGACGCAGAUACCCCGGAGCCACUCGAGAUUUCGGAUUUCUUGCAAGCGGACGUUGCCUUCGACCAGGAGGAGGAGGAGGUGGUGGUGGAGGAGGAGGAGGAAGAGAAUUGGCAUACCGCAGACGCCAGCGGGUUUGUCGAGGACGAGGUGGUGAGGGAGAGUGGUCCGGGGGGUGCGGCGAAGGGUAAGGGUGGCGGAGGCGGCGACGGUGUUGGAAGCUUGGAGGGACUUUCGGCAGACGAGGUAGAGCAGAGGCUGAUCGCUGCCGGAAUCUUGCGAGGAGACGGCGCCGAAAUCGACUUCGAGGAGGACGACGGCGGUGGGGCCGGGGUGUACAACGAGAUCGAGGUUUCCGAUGGCGAGGAGGCGUGUCAGAUCUUGGAGGAACGGCUUGGCUUCGACGAGGAGGGUAUCGCCCACCUUCGGUCCAAGUACCCCCCCCUCCGAGGAGAGUUGUGGUACCGGCGCGAGCCUGCGUCCGGGGGCUCCAAGACCGGAAAGAAAUUUCUAGACGUUUACUUCGUGGAGGAGACGCUGCCGGACCUGCUGGACCUGCUUCUCGGGGAGGAAGGGGAGGGGGGGGGCGUCGGGCUCGACCGCAAGCAGGUGCGUGAGAUGCUAACGACGACACCGUCUCUGGUCGGAAUGGACGUCUCUGACGCCAAGGACGUUGCUGGUUACCUCCGGUCUGAGCUUGGGUUAAGCGGGAAGGGUCAGCUGGCAUCCGCGCUUGCAGGCUGUCCGCCCAUGCUCAUGUACCACACCUGGGACAACCUGCGGAUGAAGUAUGAUAACAAUGACGAUGGUGAUGAUGAUCAGGUGUCGUACUACCGCGAAUCGCUAGCGUGGACAAACGAAGACGUGGCCGCGAUGCUGGCGGAGUACCCCAACCUCCUGUCCAUAAAGAUGGAGAACGACGUCAUAGAGGUCAUCGACUAUCUCAGGACGGAGGUCGGCCUCCAGCCCUUGACGGUUAGCGGCAUGGUCAGGGAGUUCCCCCAGGUUCUCGAAGUACGACCGAAGCGCCUGAAGGCGGUCGUCAGGUACUUCUGGAAGGUGUUGGAGAUCCCUAGGAGCGGGAUCGCGGUUCUCCUGAGCCAGCAUCCUCGAACUUGCUGCCUCGAGGCAGAGGCCAACCUCGCUCCGCUGAGGCAAUUCUUCGAGAGGGAGCUGUUCGUUGAGGCAAGUACUGUAAAUGGGCUAGUGGGAGAGAGCAGUCGAACCUACCGCUGUCGGGGGGCAUCAUUUAGGACGGGCAUGUGCCAGGGAUCGGUUCACCCGCCGCCCAACGGCGGGCACCCGCCCUAUUCAGAAUGCUUUUGA